AUGCAGGCACUCUCACUCUCCCAGCAGAUCGCCGCUGUGGUGGUUGAAUCGAGCGCAUUUCUCAGCUCGCUCCCCUUCCCUGCCCAGCAUGUCCGCAAGGCAUCCUCCAUGGUCCAAGCCUCAACAGCGAGGACAUCAGCCAACUCGGCUGCAGCUGCAGCAGCGACCAAUGGAGCCCACAGAUGGGUACAUGUUCCGGAAUGUCUAAAAGUGGCCGCCUCCGAAGGCAAUGUCCUGUCAUUGUCUACGUUGCACCAAGCCGUUGCUGCGCUGGAAAAACAACCUGGCGCUGCUGUUACUUCUGCCCAUGUCGAGUCUCUCUUGCAUAAAGUCAAAGGUCAGCUCGGGCAGGCACGUCGACGUCUUCAAAGUGCUUCUGGAGUGUCGACUGUUAACAGCCAGAGUUUCGUCCGUCAAACCACAGGAACCGGAUCUCGUCAAUAUUCCUCGUUUCGAUACAUCAAUCACCGGAAGCUGCAGAAGCUCGAAACGGAAGCCAUGACAAAUCCCAACAAUGCAGCUGCUCAGACAGAGUUCUACAAGGAACUGUUGCGAGUUGACGACUAUUCAGGAAUCAUCUCUCGCUUCGAGUCUGGAAAGUUUGCCAGCUCAGAGGCAUCUCUCCAAUACUAUGCAGUCGCUCUGGCACGGACGAAUCAAGCAGAGCAAAUUGUCCCAAAGAUCAUGCAGCGACUUCAGCGCCAGCCCUUGGCAACCGAAUCCGAGGCAUUGGUCAAUACCGUUGGUCAGGGCGUGCGUCGGACAAACCCAAUGGCAUUGUCGGAAAACGCAGCUACCAACGGAAGCGCCUUUGUCGCAGAGUCCCUUGCCGGUGCAGGAAACAAAGGAAAUCCUAUUUAUGUUGUUAUGGAUGAUAGCAAGACGUCCAAGGGCUUCAUGCUGUGGAGAGGCCUUCGCUGGCUAGGAAUCACGGUGACCUAUGCUUUUUGCAUCCUCACUUUCUUGUCGUUGGUGUUUGAAAACUCGGGAUUGUUGAAACCCGCUCCCAGCCAGACAGAGUACGAGCCAUCCGCCGACAACAAUGUCAAGUUCACAGAUGUUCAGGGCGUCGACGAGUCCAAGCAGGAGCUGGAGGAAGUAGUCGAGUUCUUGAAGGACCCCAACAAGUAUAACCAGUUGGGAGGCAAGCUGCCAAAGGGUGUGCUCUUGACAGGACCACCAGGAACAGGAAAGACCAUGCUGGCUAGAGCUGUUGCUGGUGAGGCUGGCGUUCCCUUCUUCUUUAUGAGUGGAUCCGAGUUUGACGAGAUGUACGUCGGUGUCGGUGCCAGACGUGUCCGCGAGCUCUUUGCUGCUGCAAGGGCAAGAGCACCGAGUAUUGUGUUUAUUGACGAGUUGGAUGCCAUUGGAGCCAGGCGUAACCCCAAGGAUCAGACAUACAUGAAGCAGACGCUCAACCAAUUGCUCGUCGAGCUCGAUGGGUUCUCACAAACGGAAGGUGUUAUUAUUAUUGCGGCGACCAACUUUCCUGAACUGCUGGACAAAGCGUUGGUUCGCCCAGGACGUUUCGACCGCCAUGUGAAUGUCCCUUUGCCCGAUGUCCGCGGACGCAUGCAGAUCUUGAAGCACCAUCUCAAGAACAUCAACGCCAGUUCUACAGUGGAUAUCUCUGUGAUUGCAAGAGGAACCCCAGGAUUCUCUGGAGCCGAUCUUGCCAACUUGAUCAACCAGGCGGCUAUCCAGGCGUCUCGCGAAGGAGUCUCAGAGGUCGGUAUCAAGCAGUUUGAGCACGCUAAGGACAAGAUCUUGAUGGGAGUCGAGCGUCGCAGUCAGGUUGUCACCAUGGAGUCCAAGAAGCUGACAGCCUACCACGAAGGUGGCCACGCGCUGGUGGCUCUUUUUACCCCGGGAGCGAUGCCACUGCACAAGGCCACGAUCAUGCCACGAGGAAAUGCGCUCGGAGUGACGGUUCAGCUGCCCGACAUGGACAAGGAUAGUUUCACGAGGAAAGAGUACUUGGCUCAGCUGGAUGUUGCGAUGGGAGGACGUGUUGCGGAGGAAAUGAUCUUUGGUGGCGACAAUGUUACCAGUGGGUGUUCGAGCGAUAUUGUUCAUGCGACUAGGGUAGCCAAAGCCAUGGUGACACAGUUCGGCAUGAGCGAGAAGGUCGGGCCUGUGGCGCAUAGCGAAGAGGACAUGAUGGUUCUGUCGGCUUCGACGAAGCAGAUGAUUGAGUCGGAGACAAAGUCGUUGCUUGAGGCAGCUCAGGCGCGUGCGACACUAUUGCUCAAGACGCACAAGGAAGAGCUUCAUCGUUUGGCCAAGGCCCUGGUGGAGUAUGAGACUUUGACGCAGGAAGAGAUCCGUCGUGCCAUUGAAGGAAAGCCCAUCGUGCGGUAG